AUGGGAGUGUGUUUCAUCUGUGGUUAUGCGCAAGGUAUUAUGGGUUAUCCCACGCCAUAUCCAGCGGGGAGCGAUCCUAACGCCGCAAUGGCCACGUAUAUGUCAGCCUAUGAGAAGGAGGCCAAGAUCGAGUUCUAUUUCCAACUGUUUCUCAUUGCUGCCCUUGGACUCAUCAAACUGGCCAUCACGUUCUUCUAUAGGCGCAUGUUCCUGGUCCACAAACACACUCGCAUGGACUUUGUGUUCCAUGUGCUGAUUGGCACCUUAGUUGCUUGGACGCUGGCGUUUUUCUUGCUGUUUUUGUUCGGGUGCAAGGAGAAGAUCUAUCUCCAUUGGGCGCCUCUCGACGAAGUCAAAAGCCAGUGUGGGAACGCGCUUGCGGCGGAGGCAGCACUGGUGAUUUCGGAUUUGAUUACGGACUUGAUGAUCUUUCUCCUGCCUUUGCCCAUUAUCUGGAGACUCCAAAUGCGGACCGGUCAGAAAUUAGCGCUGACGGGCGUCUUCUGUGUUGGGUUCAUGGCAGUGAUCGCGUCGGUCGUAAGACUGGCCAUUUACCUCAUUGUAUAUGAUAUUGGCUACGAUGCCAGAUAUGAUCUCAAUCAAACGGUGACCACCAUGUUGUGGUGGAGCAUGAUUGAAGCGGCUCUGGGCCUUCUGGCCUCCUGUCUUCCGGUGAUCCGGUCAUUGUUCAACGAAAGCAGCCUGGACGAGCUCACUGCCUGUCUACGCGCGCGACGCAUCCCCAAGCGGUCGGUUCUUCUGCUGGACUCCCUUACUGUUAGCCACCCGACCAGCACCCCAUCUCUUCCCGACUCCACCAAAGUGCAUAGUGUUGUGUAG